AUGGGCGUUCUUGGCAGCAAUGUCACUGAGUGGUCGGUGUCCCUGGUGCUGCUGGGGAUGUUGGGGGCGUCACAAGCAUGCCGCCUCAGCACCCGCUACGACGAGAACAGCGGAGAGGUCCUGAUAGUGUCCAACGAAGCUGCCAGAACCACCUCACCACCCACGUUUAACGGCGGUACUGAGUCUACCAAACAGGUUUUUCGGACUGAGGAGAGAGUGUAUGACAACUACGCGUUCGUCACCGACCAGACGCGGUAUGCAGGAAUCGCUGCACGCUACUGGCUGUUCUCCGACGGAAGAUUCGUACGCGUCCAUUCCAACGUUCCUCUCUUCAUUGACCAAAACACAGAUCAGUCACCGGAUGUAUUGUGUUUCACGGCUAAGAACGAGAGUCCCUACCCAGAAGACCGACCAGACAACCUCUUACACUGGGAUAUAUGCUCAUUCGGAAACGCAAGGCAGGCCCACGAAUACGCAGUCCAGAACUACCUGGGUAAGCCGACGGGAGUUUCAGACGAGCGUAUGGUCAGACACCCGGUCUGGGCCACACUGGCGCGUUACGACAUCGGCGACAACGACUCUUUACUAAGGGACCUGGCCAACGAGAUAAUCGCCAAUGGAUUCAAGAACAGCCACAUCGAAAUAGACGACAUUUGGGAGACCUGCUACGGCAGCCUCACGCUCGACCCAAACCUCUUCCGGGACAUACGAGCUCUCACAGAUGAAUUAUACGCUCUGGGCUUCCGCGUGACGCUGUGGGUUCACCCAUUUGUGAACCGAGGCUGCGAGCCAUACUAUUCGGAAGCCGUGGAGAAGGGCUACCUUGUGUCCAACGUGAUCGGCAGCACCAUCACACGCUGGUACCAUGGAGUCACCGGUGUUGUCGACUUCACCAAUCCUGAGGCAGUGGUUUGGUGGACCAAUCGACUGUGGGCGCUUCGCAACGAGUCAGGGAUCGACUCGUUCGAUUUUGACUAUGGCGAGGUAAGUUUCUUGCCGAAGCCGUCCAGCAUAGAGCCCAUAGAUCGAAACCCAGUGGUCUUCAGCGACGCGUAUGCGAAGGUGAUCUCGCAGUUCGGGCCCAUGGUGCAGAUGGAGACCAGCGUGGAGAACAAGCAGCUGCCCAACUACUUCGUGAUGGACAAACUGAGGAGCGACUGGAGCAACCAUCAUGGUAUCAAGACGCUGAUACCCAAGCUGCUGCAGCUCAACGUGGUCGGCUACCCUUUCGUUAUCGGAGAGAUGGUGGGCGGCGGCAACAGCAAGACGUGGUCCGACUUGUACGUACGCUGGCUUCAGGCCAGUGUCUUCAUGCCGACGCUGGAGGUGUGCCGCUGCCUGACCGAGCUGCACACGCAGUACGCGCCGCGCAUCGUGGAGCUGAUGCAGAAGGCGGUGGAGGGCGGCACGCCGGUCAACCUGCCCGUCUGGUGGCUCGACCCCACUGACUCCACGGCACAGACCAUCGACUCAGGUAUGACAUACAGGUUUCCUAUAGACGUCCUGGUGGCGCCGGUGCUGUACCGCAACACGGUGCGCCGUGACAUCUACCUGCCGAAGGGCACCUGGAGGGACGAGGCCGACCCACAGCACCUCACCACACAGGGCCCCACCUGGCUCCGCAAAUACCCUGCUCCUCUCAACACUCUGCCGUACUUCACCAGGAUCAGCUCCUCAUAG